AUGUCAACAUCUUCCAAAAAAGCAUUCAAAUGCGAUACAUGUCUCAGAGCAUCUACCAGUAAAUUACAGCAAAUACCUGAUAAAGUCAGGAUUGAAAAUGUAAAUAUAACAAAACGAAAGAAAAUUAACAAAAAUAUUUCCUUACAAAGCUUAUCUGACCAUCUCUCUGAUGGAGAAGAAACUGAUUAUUCCUCUAUCAAUUCUACACCAAAUCAUCAAUUAAACCGAAGACUAUCUCUGCAUAUGCAAUGUUAUGAUGAAAUUAGUGAACUGAAACAAAAAAUACUGAAGCUGGAGGAAAAUCUUGAGAUAGCAGAAAAUGAAAUAAGGAAUUUAUCUUCAGAAAACCAUAACUUAAAAAAAAAAGUUGCGGAAUAUGAGCUAAAGGUCAAUCAGUUGAAACACAUAUGUAAAUCUACCCCAUCAAGUUCAAGUAAGUCCACGAAAAAGAAAAAGAAAAAAGUAAAGAAAAUAGACUUUAAUAUAUCCCUAAAGGAAUCAGAAAACCAAAAUCCUCCUCACAUACAUCUUGCACCGAGUAGUUGCCCCUUAACGCAACUAGAUGGCAGCACGUCAACAGAGAACUUUAACACCUGCGUCACUGUUGGGACCUCACAAGAAGGUGCAACACCAAAAAAACAAGAAGUCGACAACUUAAAUCGCAAAAAGAAUCGCAUUUUCAUUCUUGGUGAUGACCAACUACGUGGAUUGUCUUCAGCUCUAACAAUGUCAAGAUGUGGAAAAUGGAAUAACACCUAUAAAAUCUAUGGCCAUAUUAUGCCUGGAGCUAUUAGUGAAGAAAUAUUACGAAACUGUGAUCAUUCUUUGUUAAAUGAACUAACGGAAAAUGACUUUGUAAUAGUUGGUAUCGGUAGUAAUGAUAAAGAUUUACAUAGGCUCCAUUCUGACAUAUAUCCUCAACAAAUUGCUGAAGCCUUCAACAACCACUUUAUUGAAUCAACAAAUAUCAAUAAUAUCAGUAAUCAGUGCCAAAACACUAAUAGUCUAAGAAAGACAGCUUUAAAAAUAUCUUUAGAAGUGAACGCCUCUAAGCGAGGUCUCGUGUCACGCGGCUCUGAAACCGAUGGACACAGCUAG